AGUUCCUCUAACACUCACUCGUUCACGAAGAGAAGAAACAGAGAGAUCAAGAGAGAGAGAGAGAGAGAGAGAGAGAGAGAGAGAGAGAGAAAUGGCACUGAGAGCAGCUAUACUCCGCCAUGUUCGUAUUCCAAUCCAAUCCACUCCAAAAUUACAACCAUGGAAUGGUUCCAUUCGAUCCAUGUCUUCACACGACGAUCAUAUCACCAAAGAAGAAGUCGUCGAGCGAGUCCUCUCUGUCAUCAAAGAUUUCCCCAAAGUUGAUCCUUCAAAGGUGACUCCAGAAGUGCAUUUUCAGAAGGAUUUGGGUUUGGACAGCUUAGACAACGUCGAAAUUGUAAUGGCACUAGAAGAGGAGUUCAAGCUGGAAAUCCCAGACAAGGAAGCUGAUAAAAUUGACUCUUGUCAUCUUGCUAUUGAGUAUAUUUCUAACCACCCCAUGUCUAGUUAAAGUUAACCAACGUGUCUUGUUCCAAUUUGGUUUCAUGUUAAACUUAACAUCAGUGCAACCUUUGCCUUUCCCUUCUUUCACUGGAUGUUUCUUGAAUCUGGUUUAUCUUGUUAUCUUUGCCUUUACCCUUUCAAAUUGAAGUGAAAUGGGUUGGUUGUUGAAAAUAAUAUGAAUUGUCUGAAAAGAGUUUGUUUAGUGAAGAACAACUACUGGAUAUUUGAAGAGCUCUAAUUUCAACUGUUAUGUUUUGAAUUUUUUUACCGUGGGUAAGAAAUGGUGUUGAUGGAGCUGUCAUGAUGAGGUCUAAGCUCUAAAGCUCAUGCAAUAAAAUUUGAUUUCAUUUUGGCAA